GAGAAAAGUUUGUAGAUGUGAUUUAAUCUGCCGCCACAACAAAAGAAUCCGAGCUUUUGAUGCUGUGSAAGGGUAUUUCGACUGGUUCAUAGAUAAUAUAAGAGGAUGGAAGCAUCGCAAACCACUUCUUCGCUUGAUGGAAACGGAGAAAAAUCGGAACAACUGGCAGGCGAAGAACAGAAACCAAAACCGAUCGCUAUUUCUCGUGAACUCCAACCCGAUGAAAAUGCCCGAUUUCACGACUGCAUAAAAGAAGGUGAUUGGGGCAAGUUGAAAAAAAUGCUGAAGCGUUACAAACCAAAUUACUACAUAAAGAAAAGAAUAGAAGUAAGAGAAAGGGAAAAGGCGUUGGAAGAAUUCAAGUUGCAGCAAGAAGCGCAAGAUACGGAAGAAGAAGGAGAAACAAACGAGGAAGACAAGGAAGAAUUGUCAAGGUUUCAACGAAUCACUCAAUAUCGACCUUUCAAAAAAAAGGAUAGCGAUAAAUCAAAAGAACUAAAGCCUCCCGGUGACGGAAAAAGCGUCAAAAUGGCGAAAAAAGUACUUCCCGAGAAUGUUUCAAAAAAAAUAUUCGUUGAUCCAGCCGACAUCAUUUCUCCAUUACUAUUGGUAGAUUCCGACGGGAUGACACCCCUUCACAUUGCGUGUAUUCGUGAAGCACCCGAAAAAUUAAUUGUAGAGCUAAUAGAUGCGGAAAAAAAGGCUACGWCUAUUAAAGAUAAAUCGAACCGACUUCCCCUUCAUUACGCCAUCCAAACUUGGCAAUAUGAUCACAUCAUCGAACGAAUGGUCAAGGSAUACCCGAAUGGAUURAAAACAAAAGAUGACAAAGGGCAAACGCCUCUUGGGUUGGCAGUCAAACUUGCUAGAGAAGGAAAGGAGGYAGAGGAAGAAGACGAGGAAAGAAUCGUCGAGGAUCCAGAUGAUCCGUUUUUGUGGAUUUCUCCAACGUCCCCAGAAGAAAAAGAUUGGCAGUUCCAGCAACUGAAAACAUGGGCGAAGGUCAAUUGYUUGCUUCGAGAAUUGAUAAAUCGACAAAGAGCUGUCCUUCCUAGUGAGCACGGACUCAUUUUAGAAGCGCUGGAGGGUGGAGCCGAUCCAAACACAAUCAUUCGCUUCAUAUCUACUACGGAUAGAUACUUGAUGUUGGACGACGAGCUGGCUUGGACAGCAAUUGGCUUGUGUGUGGAACGCCAUUACAAAGCUGACACUCUCGAGUAUCUGAUGGAAAAUUGUCGGGAYAGGACAACGGUCAUAACGGAUGUAGUGCAGAAGGUAUUAAAGAACCACUACCUWAUCGGUUGUUAUCCUUUGCGAGAAGGAAUGGUGCCCUUUGGAAAGCGUGUGAUUGACUGGUCGAAAAAGUAUGAUCGAGAAGAAAGAAAAAGAAAGAAAAAGGAAAAGAAGAAAAAGAAAAAGAAAGUGGACGAAAGUAAAAAGAAGAGUGUUCGCUUUCAGGAUGAAUCAGAGGAGGCAGAAGAGGAUGAGGAUGACAAGAAAAAAAAAUGGGAGGGAAUGAAAAAGGCGUGCAAAGACUGGUGGGAAAUAUUGAAUCAUCUCCUUUUUUACCGCGCAUAUGGUCGAGAUUACAAAAUCCAUGUGAAACCGAAAACAUUCCAUUUACUUCAUGCAGCAUUAUCUGUCCCUAUGACCUCUCCUUCCCUCGUUCACCUGCUACUAAUAGUUUAUCCCCAAGCAAUCAAAGAAAGGUGCCCCUUUUUCAAAGCAUUGCCAGUCCAUAUUGCGAGUACGAGAUGGCGCUACAAUAUUAUAUAUGAUGAUGUUGAUAUCUCAUCAUUGCAACAAGUCCUUCUUCUUAUGUACGAUUUAGAUCCCGAACAACUUCAUCGGCGCUUUAAAGGGAGUCUUCCGAUUCACUUGGCUCUCUCUAGUGGUCAAUCCUGGGAUUUUAUCAAACCGCAAUUGGACAGGAAUAGUAACGUGUUGGGAAUGAGGGAUGCUCACUCCAAGUUAUAUCCCUUUCAGAUAGCAGCCCUGGAAACUAGUUUCAAAAACAUUCAGCUACUUAUGAGAUGCAGAUUCAACCCUACUCUUUGGAGAGAGAUGUCUGUUAUUGAAAGAAAAAUUCAAUACCAAAAGAUAAUCGAUCGGCACGAAAAGAGGCAAUUGACAACAAUUUUUGAGCUAUUACGAAUGUACCCCAAUGCAAUUGAAAAUAUUCCGAUCUGCAAAACAUCCUCUUCUAUGUCACAAAGCUUGACAUCGCUUACGGAUCUCUCAAAGCACUAUUUAUCAUGGGUUUAUGGACGAAGCCCCAAGGGAGAGUUUAGAGUUCGUUACAAUAAUUUGAUGUUGUUGAGAAAUUCCAUUAUUCAGGCGGAAGUUUUUCCAGAACUUCAAGAAUGGUGGGAGGGACUGACGGAAUGUAUAUGGAGGGACUCGCAUGGAGAUAUACCAAGAGAAAAUGAAUAUCUCCUUCACGCAGCACUUUACAACUGCGAGACUCCGCCCAUUGUGACGGAACUUUUAAUUCAGCUGUUUCCUUCGUCAACAGCGCAACCUAUACCGGGUACAUCUACAUUUCCCCUUCAUAUCGCAGCGGGUACCACGGCAUACCACCGACAACUAUUCGAAAUUCCAUACGGUAUGAAUAAUCUUCUUCUAGUGCUUAAAGCGAACAAAGAUGCUACUCGGAUUAAAUCCAACGGAAGGCUUCCUCUUCACAUCUGUCUUGCGAGAGGAAAGAGUUGGAAAGAGGUACAGCCACUUGUCAUGGUGUAUCCAUAUAGUCUGAAGAUUAAAGACAUGCAAACCGGUUUAGUUCCAGCUGAGCUCAGGGCAUCUUUUAAACUAAAUACGAAAGAAAAUGCAGCAUGGACCUCUUCCUUCACCGAGAAACAAAUGAAAACGUUUAACUUCCACAAACUAUCCGCAGAAGACAAGGCCAAAGCACUGGUUAGAACUCGCAAGAGAAAAGAAACAAACACAUUGACAUGUAUAUUUGAGCUUACGCGAGAGUCCGUUCGGACGUUUGGAUUUACGGCUCAUAACGAUAAUGAUUCCGUGACUAGUCUUAAUUCAUUCAAUCAUGAUGGGUACGAGGUGGAAGAAGACCCGGCAGAAUGGGAAUUGAAUCCAGAGAUGUAUUUUGCGGAAAAAGAAAGUGUCCGUAACUUACUGGACUCAUUCAGAAGCAAUGCAAAAUCUUUGGGUUCUUUCAACGAUAUUGACCCAGAUCUCUUUCCGUCAGACGAACAGUCGAAAAAUUGGGGUGGGAAGGAAUCGUCCGCACCAGCACGGAAUUUGGUAAGAAUGGGGACAAAAAUGUCUCUGUACAGUAGUGGUGACUUCAGUCAACUCGAUCUAGACUCUCUCAGUCAAGACCAAUAAAACACGGGCUUCGAAUUCUAGUGACUAUGGUGAAAAGUCAAUACUACAGUAGCAACAGGGGUAAGGAGGUACAAAGAUUUGGGGCCAUUGGGAACAGCCAUGUUACUGCGAAAGCUAUGAAUUAUUUUCAUUCACCUUCAAUAGUUUUUAAAAUUUUACUUGGAAUGCUUACAAAAUAUUUAUAACUGUAAAAUAGCCCAAUCAAAACUGUCUGGAAAGGAAGAAUGGGAAAGGGCCAAAAUGGAUUUUGAUGUUUUGUUUGUCAUGAUUUGCAAGCUUGGGUCGAGCUAGUUAUGAUUCUGUGGUGUUUUGACAGGAGAGUGAGAGCAGAAUAAUGCAUAAGUGCUUUC